CUCCAUUUCUUCACACUGAUUCUUAAAAAAGGAAGCCCCAUGCGAUCGCUGCUGCAUCCAUCUCAGCCUUUCUAACCGUGAAGCCUAUGGCUGAAAGAUUAUUAAUAAGAGCAACAAAGGGUGGUAAAACCACUAAGAUUGUUACCUUGAAUGGGAAGAAGAUUACAAAGAUGCCAUCAGGAUUAGAAAAACUGCCUGGCCUGAAUAUGCUAGACCUGAAGAAUAACUUGAUCUCCAAAGUCUGCCCAGAGAUAAGCAAUUUAACCCAGUUGACAGCAUUAAAUCUGGGAAACAAUCAUUUAGAAGAAGUUCCAGAAGAGCUGAAAUACCUUAAAUCCCUGAAGAAGCUCCAUUUAUUUGGAAAUAGGAUUCAUAGAUUUGCACCUGGAGCAUGUGAUGGCUUAGAAAAUUUGAUCCUGUUUAAUCUGAACAACAAUCUGCUUAUGUGCCUUCCUCCAGAAAUCAGCAGAUUAAAAAAUCUUACGCAUCUGAGUAUAAAUUAUAACCAGCUAACCAGCAUUCCUAGAGAACUUAGUUUCCUUGAGAAUCUUUCUGAACUUCACCUUAACUACAAUCAGCUCAUUUGCCUACCAGAAGAGAUUAAGUUCUUGCAGAAUCUCCAGAAGCUUCUUCUAAUCAGGAACAACAUUAAAAUUUUGCCGGAGGGACUUUGUGCUCUUUUAAACUUAAGAGUCCUAGACAUAGCUGGAAAUAUUGUUCAGAUACUUCCACCAGGAUUUCAGACUCUGAAGCUGAGGGAAUUCUAUUGUGAAGGAAACCCACUGCUCCUGAGGCAUCCGGUUAAGGCUGUGCAACAGGAGGACGUCUGGAGUCUACAGGAAAUAACAUCAAGAUUUAUAAUGAAUCACCUAGGAGAAAAGAAAGGUUUUCUAAUGCAAGCAAUAGAGUGCUACCCACAGAUCAGGAACAUAAUCUCUCAGAAAAAAGAAUGUGCAAUAUGUGGAAAGUUCUUUUUAACCAUAUGGCUGGAAUGUGUUCAAUUCGUUCCUCCACCAAAGAAGUGGAAGAUAAGCAGAAAUCUACAGCUGAUACCUCUUCGAAAGUUAGUUUGUUCUUACAAGUGUUUUAAUCAACAUGAUUCUAACCUCUUUGGAAUUGCUCAAGUGUAGAGCAGGUAAGAAGCUCCCUCGUAGACUCACUCAACUUGCCCUCUCAGCUCUGCAUGCACUGUCAGAUUAUCUCCUACUGUGAUACUAAGCUAUAUUUGAUCUCUUUGUAAAUAAACAGCAAAGGAAGAGAGGAGCAAAGGAACAAAGGAAGAAAAAUAAUUUAAUUGUAAAGAUCUCAAUUUAAGCACUACGAUCUAC